GCAUAAUGCUGAGACAAAAAGAAACCCUUGAUUACGUCUUAAAUCCCCAAGUAGCCAUCGUCAACUUUUCGAAGCGUAUUACAUCAUCGAACGACUGAGUGUCAAGGGUGGGUCACGUGUUAGAUUUGUUGUUGGCUUCCGUUUGGCUGACGUCCAUGGGCAGAUGAGCAAGACCGUGGACCUCUCGAUUGUUUAUUUCCACCAGGUCAAACCUUUUCAUCUCGGCAUUAAUUAGCCGUUUAUUUUCUUUCCCCCUAUCAUUCAUUUUUUUUUUUUGGGAAAUGGUUGCCCUUGUUUUUGUCAGUUGAAGAAACUGGGUUUCCGGGGAGAGUCAAAAAAAAAAAUCACCUAAUUCAAAUCGUGAUACCCAAAUGCAGUGUUAUACCGAGUUGUUGCCUCCCACGGGGGUAACUCAUGCUUUGAAUGUUCCGUUCAUCUCCGCAACAGCCAACAAUCUGGUGAUUGUUAGGACAUCUCUUCUUCAGAUAUUUUCUCUACUCACAAUUACUUCUCGACCGGAUGGCGGAAUCACCGAAAAUCGGUUGACAUCGCCAGACCAAUUAGAGAUCACGAAGCUGGUCCUGGAGAGAGAAUAUACUCUUCCUGGAACAGUAAGUGGUCUUAGCCGGGUCAAGGUUUUAAACACCAAGUGUGGCGGAGAGGCUAUCUUACUUGCUUUUCGAAAUGCGAAACUUAGCUUGAUCGAGUGGGAUCAGGAGCGUCAUAGCAUUUCCACCAUCUCCAUCCAUUAUUACGAGCGGGAUGAUUUGACCCGUAGCCCCUGGGUACCUGAUUUGAGCAGCUGUGGCAGCAUCCUCAGCGUGGACCCAAGCAGUAGAUGCGCAGUCUUCAAUUUCGGAAUACGAAACCUGGCCAUUCUUCCUUUUCAUCAACCGGGAGAUGAUUUGGUGAUGGAUGAUUAUGAUUCUGAUCAUGGCGAUAAGCACGCUGAUCAAGUUGCUGAUAUGGAGAAAACCAAGGAUGGCACGGCGCAUCAAACCCCGUAUGCCUCAUCUUUUGUCUUGCCAUUGACUGCAUUGGAUCCGUCUCUACUCCACCCAAUAAGUCUUGCCUUUCUAUAUGAAUAUAGGGAGCCGACAUUUGGCAUUUUGUAUUCGCAAGUUGCGACCUCCAAUGCCCUUCUUCAUGAACGAAGGGAUGUUGUUUUCUAUGCCGUUUUUACCCUAGAUUUGGAACAGCGAGCCUCUACGACGUUACUCUCAGUCUCUAGACUACCUAGCGAUCUGUUCAAAGUGGUAGCUCUUCCACCUCCUGUCGGAGGUGCCCUACUCAUUGGCUCCAACGAGCUUGUGCAUGUUGACCAAGCGGGCAAAACAAACGCGGUUGGAGUUAAUGAGUUUUCUAGACAAGUCUCGACUUUUUCAAUGUCAGAUCAAUCGGAUUUGGGCCUACGCCUUGAAGGAUGUGUUGUUGAGCGGCUUGGCGAUAAUAAUGGAGACUUACUUUUGGUGCUUUCAACUGGGCACAUGGUUCUUGUUGAUUUUAAGUUGGAUGGGAGAUCGGUGUCUGGCAUCUCAGUCCACUCUCUCCCUGCAAACGCUGGUGGAAACAUCAUGAAAUCUGCUGCUUCCUGCUCGGCUUUCCUUGGCAAUGGAAGAAUAUUCUUCGGGAGCGAGGAUACGGAUUCAGUACUUUUAGACUGCCCUUCUUCCCCGUCGAACACCAGAAAGUCCCGAUCUCAAACCAAACACAUUGGAGAUGACCAUAGCGACCUUUCCGACGAAGACCAGACCGAAGAUGAUGCUUACGAAGAUGAUCUCUAUUCUACAGCGUCUGAAAUGCCAACAGGAGGUCAUCGCUCAUCUACAGAAACGUCUACUUUACGAUUGUAUAGUUUUCGAGUAAAUGACACACUCUCUAAUAUCGGCCCACUCAGAGACAUAGCAUUGGGUAAUUCCUUUGCAAGUAUCGCAAGCCAAAAACCUCACCUCGAGGAUACCUCUGUCAGCCUGGAGCUAGUAGCUUCUCAAGGUUCCGAUACAAGUGGCGGUCUAGUGGUGAUGAAACGUGAAAUUGACCCUCAUGUGAUCACCUCCAUGAAAGUUGAUUCAGUCGACUGUGUCUGGGCAACCUCUGUUGUUCAUGGGAAGGGUGCCUUAUCCAAUGUUUCUGAACAAAAGGAGAAGGAAGAAUGCCGUCAGUAUGUGAUAGCCUCGAAAUUGAAGCAUAUGGAUAGGGAAGAAUCAGAAGUCUUUUUGGUGGAUGGGCAAACCCUGAAGCCUUUCAAGGCCCCUGAAUUCAACCCAAACGAGGAUUUUACCAUCGACGUUGGGACACUGGCAGGUAGAAGCCGGGUUGUCCAAGUUCUGAAGAACGAGGUCAGAAGCUACGAUAGUGAACUGGGACUGGCCCAAAUAUAUCCAGUAUGGGACGAAGACACCAGCGACGAACGAAUGGCCGUGGCCGCGAGCUUCGUGGAUCCUUAUCUCGCAAUCCUUCGAGACGAUUCAACUUUACUGCUCCUUCAAGCUGAUGAAAAAGGAGAUCUUGAUGAAGUGGUGCUCAGUGAAGAUAUAUCCACUAAAAAAUGGCUCUCUUCCUGCGUAUACUAUGACCAUAAUGGGUGCUUUUCCAUGGUUGAUCCAGCCUCGGAAAAAUCAUCUCGCCGCACUGUACUCUUGUUCUUAUUGAGCUCGGACUGCAGGCUAUUCAUGUUCGAAUUACCUGACCAGAAGUUACUGUCAGUCAUCGAAGGUGUCGAUUGCUUGCAGCCUAUUUUGUCCAAUGAACAGCCAAAACGAUCAGCCACGCGGGAGAUUUUGACGGAAGCUAUUAUCGCGAAUCUUGGAGAUUCAUGGAGCAGUUCGCCUUAUCUAAUUUUCCGAACUGAAAGUGACGACCUUGUGGUAUACAAGCCAUUCUUAACCAGGGCAGGAAAUGGGGGGUUUAUAUCUUUUUUAAGAGAGACUAAUCACCAUUUACCAAGAGUUUCUUCUAACAUCAGCGAGACCAGGUCUCGCGAACAGCGAACAAAGCCACUGCGCAUAUUACCUAACAUUUCGGGCCUCAGCACCGUAUUCAUGCCCGGAAACUCGGCGAGCUUCAUUUUCAAGACGUCGACAAGUUCUCCACAUGUCAUACGCUUGAGGGGAGAACCUGUACAGGGAUUGAGCGGCCUUGAUUCAGCUGGUCUUGGAUGUGAUCGAGGCUUUGUUUAUGUGGAUUCGAAGGAGAUUAUCCGUAUAUGCCAAUUGCCCCACGGGACUCAGUUUGGAUAUCCAUGGACUUUGCGAAAAGUUCAUAUUGGGGAGCAGAUUGACCACCUUACUUACUCUUCUUCAUCUGAAACAUAUGUUCUUGGGACUAGUUAUAAGGAAGAUUUCAAAUUGCCUGAAGAUGACGAGCUACACCCCGAAUGGCGCAGUGAAGUGAUCUCGUUCCUCCCUGAAGUGGAUCAGAGCUCGCUGAAAAUUGUCAGCCCGAGGACAUGGUCUAUCAUUGAUAGCUACCCAUUAGGGCCUGCUGAGCAUGUGAUGGCACUGAAAAACAUAAAUCUCGAGGUUUCUGAAAAUACGCAUGAACGUAGGGACAUGAUUGUUGUGGGAACCUCAUUUGCUCGGGGUGAGGAUAUACCAUCGCGGGGAUGUGUGUAUGUUUUUGAGGUUAUCAAAGUGGUCCCGGAUCCCGAGAAACCAGAAACGGACCGCAAAUUAAAGCUCAUGGGAAAAGAGCUGGUUAGAGGUGCGGUGACAGCAUUGUCGGGAAUCGGUGGACAAGGCUUUUUGGUUGUAGCUCAGGGUCAAAAGUGCAUGGUCAGAGGCUUGAAAGAAGACGGCAGUCUUCUGCCUGUCGCUUUCAUGGACAUGCAGUGUUAUGUCAAUGUGGUCAAAGAGCUUAAGGGUACUGGGCUGUGCAUUUUCGGGGAUGCUGUCAAAGGGCUUUGGUUUGCGGGUUAUUCGGAGGAACCGUAUAAAAUGAGUCUCUUCGGAAAGGACACUGAAUAUCUCGAAGUUAUUGCUGCGGAUUUUCUCCCCGAUGGCAAUAAGCUGUUCGUUUUGGUUGCCGAUAGUGACUGUAAUCUCCAUGUCCUGCAAUAUGACCCGGAAGACCCGAGAUCCUCGAAUGGCGACAGAUUGCUGAGUCGAAGUAAAUUUCACAUGGGUCAUUUUACGUCGACAUUGACACUAUUACCGCGCACUAUGGUCUCUUCGGAGAAUGAGAUACCUGAACUAGAUGAGAUGAACGUCGAUAUACCUAUUGCACUUCACCAGGUGCUCAUUACGACUCAGAGUGGAUCUGUGGCUAUUGUGACAUCUGUAUCGGAAGAUUCUUAUCGCCGACUGUCAGCUCUACAGUCUCAGUUGACAAACACGCUUGAGCACCCGUGCGGAUUAAACCCUCGGGCUUUUCGGGCGGUCGAGAGUGAUGGCGCUGCCGGAAGAGGCAUGGUUGAUGGAAAUUUGUUGUGUCAGUGGUUGGACCUGAGCAAACAACGUAAGAUGGAAAUCGCCGGCCGGGUAGGCGCUAAUGAGUGGGAGAUUAAGGCCGAUCUUGAGGCUAUUAGUGGGGGCGGACUUGGAUACCUGUGAUAUGAUAGCAUCUGGGUUGUCGAGAGUUCAAAUAGUAAUGCUAUCAAGAUAUCCCACAGGCAAAAGAUGGGACAUGUGGAGGAGGCCAAAGGCACGUUAAGCAAGCCAAUGAAUUAUGUUGGGGAGGGGGGUUUCUUUCUAUUUUCGUUGAAUAUGCCGACCCUGACCCUGACAUCUAUGUCAACAACC